GUUGGCCAGCCUGCACAUUUGACAGCUCGCCAGUUUAUGUUUACGACACGUCAGGUCGGUGAAAAUUUGAGGCUUUAACUUUUUAUUUUGAACUAAGUUAAAAAAUGAAUUAGUGAUUUGUUACAACGAUCUAAUUAAUUGCACGUUACACUUAAUUUGAAAGCAAUGGGAGUUUUAUUUAGUUAUUUUAAAAGCCUUUUGGGGGCUCGAGAGAUGCGGAUCUUGAUUCUGGGCUUGGACGGAGCCGGUAAAACUACCAUUUUGUAUAGAUUACAAGUAGGUGAAGUAGUUACGACUAUUCCAACCAUUGGGUUCAACGUUGAACAAGUACAAUACAAAAAUCUUAAUUUCCAAGUCUGGGAUUUGGGCGGUCAGACGAGUAUAAGGCCGUAUUGGAGGUGUUAUUAUAGUAAUACAGAUGCAAUUAUUUAUGUGGUGGAUUCGGCCGAUAAAGAACGAAUGGGAAUUUCCAAAGAUGAGCUGUUUCACAUGCUUAGGGAGGAGGAAUUAGGAGAUGCAAUUUUGGUCGUCUUGGCCAACAAACAAGACAUUCCAGGUUGCAUGUCGUUAAAAGAAGUUCACCAAGCGCUCGGCCUCGAAGCACUAAAAAAUAGAACGUUUCAAAUAUUCAAAACAUCAGCUACGAAAGGUGAGGGCUUGGAUAUGGCGAUGGAAUGGCUGGCAAAUGCGUUAAAAAAUAAAAAAUAACAGUAAAUUAUCACACUAUAUUUCUAGUCUUUAAUAAUACGUUUUUAAGUUAUAAUUUUGCUGUUUCUCUAAAUUUUAUUCACGGCUGGUUUUGUCAGUUUGAUUCAUUCCAAUGUUCAUGUUACGUUACGCAAAGUAUUUAAUAUUUCAUACAUUUGUAUCAUAGAACUUAAUAAAUAUGGAUGUCAUUCAAAAACUGA